AUGACUUCAGCUGGCUGGCAGCCGGCCCAACAGCCCAACAUGAAUCGUCUUCCAUCUGUGUCGACCCUCAUGUCACCCCCUGAGACCAAGCCCAUUGAGAGUUUCUCUGCACUCUCCUCAUUUGCAAAGCAUGCUUCACCUGAAAUGAAGCUGGCUCCCAUUGCAACUGAUCGAAAACGGACGCAGUCAGAGAUGAAUCUUCCAUCGCCACCUGUGACCCCGUAUACUGCGAACAAGAAACGAGAUUCUUCGUCCGAUCAAAUCGAACGGGAUGUGGGAUCCUCCAUGGACCCCGUUCUUUUCCCACCCCAGGAAUCCAAUACUGACGUUGCCACUGAUGAACCGCUAUUUGGCCCUGUCCAUUCAUCCGCAGAGGCUCUUGUGGAACGGCACAUCGAUUCUCACAUGGCACUGUUUCGAAACAAAGUAAACAAACCAACCAGAGAUGAGUAUCUUUUAGCGCUCUCCUGUGUGCCCAUCGUCUCAACCCAGUACAACCGUAAUCCCGGUGCCUGGGCUCGAGAGGAACGGGAAACCUUGGAGCGUCAGAUGAUUAUGAUGAACCGUUAUCAUCGCCCAAGAGAUUACGAAACUAAGUUGAAGAAGAUUGCGCCCGCUCCGGCCAAAAAAUCAGGGAUCCAACCGCGCAUGCAGCAGCGGCCCAGAGUCAGACGCACCCCUAAGUCCACCCCCAAGCAGCAGGUCUUCGAUACCUUUGAUUCCUCCCCCCCGACGGUUAGCAAGGCACGUGCCCUGGGCACCAAUCGUGAUGAUACCGAUUACCACUCACUGAAGGACUAUUCGCCCCCACUGGAAACGUUGGGCAGCAAUGUCAAAGCACUCAAGGCAGAUUGGAAAGGGCAGAUGCUAGACUUGAGCACUGAUCCAGACAAAAAUAUGCUCAGUCCUGCUGAGCUUAACCUGGCCUCAACUCUUAGGCUUUCCUGUGCCACAUACCUAUGCAGCAAGCGUCGUAUCUUUGAAGCACGAGUCCGCGCUCUCGGCGUUGGCAAAGAAUUUCGCAAGACAGACGCUCAACAGGCCUGCAAAAUUGACGUCAACAAGGCGAGCAAACUUUGGACCGCGUAUGAUCGCGUGGGUUGGUUCAAACCGGAUUAUUUCCAUCAAUAUUUGAAGUGA